AAUACUGCUCUGUUUUCUCACUUCGCUAAAAAAAAGAAAAUAUGAAAUUUCUUGCAAUCGAAGGCAACCACUAAGCUCGUUUUCUUCACCAUCAAUCAAAAGAGGCAUCUUUUUCUUCCUUUCACUUCUUCCUCAAGUCUUCAGUCAUCCACCAAAAACCCAUUUUUCAUACCCAAAAUUAUCGCAUGGGAGGUGAAAAUUCUUCAGCUGGAGUUCCGGCACCAAUGGCGGCGGCGGGGACGACGGUGGCGGCGGCAAAGACAGGCGGUUCAGCGACGGCGUUAGCACCUGGUUUUAGAUUCCAUCCAACAGAUGAAGAGUUGGUUAGCUAUUACUUGAAAAGAAAAGUUUCAAACAAACCUGUCCGAUUUAAUGCUAUUGCUGAAGUUGAUAUUUAUAAGCAUCAACCCUGGGAACUUUCAGACAAGUCAAGAUUGAAAACCAGAGACAAAGAGUGGUAUUUUUUUAGUUUAUUGGAUAAGAAGUAUGGGAAUGGGGCAAGAAUGAACAGGGCAACAAACGAAGGGUACUGGAAGGCCACAGGGAAGGACCGAGAGGUCCGCCACAAUUCGCAGCUUAUUGGGAUGAAAAAGACGCUAGUUUUUCAUAGUGGGAGAGCUCCAGAUGGGUUGCGAACCAAUUGGGUUAUGCAUGAGUACCGGCUUGUUGAAGAAGAAUCGGAAAGAAUUGGGGCUUUGCAGGGGUAUGUACUAUGUAGAGUAUUUCAUAAGAACAAUAUCGGACCACCCAAUGGAAACCGAUAUGCACCUUUCAUUGAGGCGGAAUGGGAUGAUGGUUCAACGGCUUUGAUUCCGGGGUUAGAUACUGGGGAUGAUGUUGUAGCUGGUAAUGAUGCAGUAGCUGGCAAUGAUGUGGUAGCGGCUGAGAAUGCAGUGAGUGAAAGCAAUGGUGUUCAAAGCAUUGCUGUUGAGCAGGAGAUUGAACAUGCUGAUCAGGAUGCUCCACUUAAUGAAGUUACGAGAGAGUCACUGAAUGAGAGAACAGAUGACCGUCUUCCAUUACAUCCAUGCAAGAUUGAGAGACCAGAUGAUUGCGCUACGCUAUGCGUGCUUAAUAGAGAAGCACCAUUACCUCUACUACAGUACAAGAGAAGGCGGCAGCAUAAUGAUUCAGGUCCCAACCAUGCAAAUGUUUCUGAGAAUUCGACUAGAACGACUCAGGACCGUUGCUCAUCUACAACAACAACAGCAGCGACAACCACAACAUCACCAUCAUCCGCUACAACAACCGCAAUUUCUGCACUGUUGGAAUUUUCUUUAAUGGAAUCUAUAGAACCCAAAGAGAAUCCUCAUGUCCCUCCACCAACAUAUGAUACUACUACUCUAGAUUCAGUGGUGCCUCCUGGCUGCAUGAAACUUAUCAACGAAUUGCAGAAUGAGAUCCACAAGAUUUCUGUUGAGAGGGAGACAUUGAAGCUUGAAAUGAUGAGUGCCCAAGCCAUGAUUAACAUACUCCAGUCAAGAAUAGAUUUCCUUAGCAAGGAAAAUGAGGAUCUAAAGAGGAGCAGCCGAGACGCGUAGCAUGGGGAUCCUAGGUACUCUUACCGUUCUCUGAUUUCCUAAUUGUUCCCCAUAUUUAUGUAUGAAUUAUCGUUCACCAGGCGAUUGUAAAAUUCAGAUGACAUUAGCAUUUGGUUUGUUGUUGAACAAUGUUGUAGCUUUCCAGCUUAUUUAGUCAAAUAAACAGAGAAGGACGAUUUCACUUUUUAUAACCUGUAUUUCAUGAUCAUGAUUUCAAC